AUGGGUAGUCGCCUUGAGAAGAACUCCUCGCAGGUGAGGAAGAGGAUUGAGGGCCAUGAGUUCACCGACGAGACUGGCGAAGAGUAUGAGCAGAGCGCUUUCGGCGGCUUUGGAGACUACUUUCGUCGGAAAAAGAUCAAGUUGCAAAACUUGGACGCCGACAUGCGCGCCGCCUCAAGCGAGAAGCCUCAAAUAUUCAAAGGGGUCGUUGCGCAUGUUAUGGGCUAUACGCAACCACCACUUCACAUCCUACACCGCGAGCUUGUUCAACAUGGCGCUGGCUUUUUGCAGUAUCUGGAUUCAAAGACCAUGGCAACGCACAUCAUAGCGUCUUCUGUUCCGCCUAAGAAGUCCAUGGAUUACAGCAGGUAUAGACUGGUCAAGCCAGCCUGGGUCACGGACUCAAUUAAGGCUGGGAGACUACUUCCCUGGUCGGAUUAUCGAAUAAAUAACCACGAUGGACCGCGUCAGAAGGUAUUCAAAAUCGAUGAGUCCAAAAAGCUCAGUCAAUCGACACCACAAGUGAAAAGAGGUUACAGAGAUCAAACCGAUGCCAGCUUUUACACCAGCCAAUUCAAGGGAUCUACAACAAGUCCCGCGACGCCAUCUUUGAGUCGUUUCGCUGAACGAUCCGAGUCCCCGCUCGCUCAACACCAUGGUCGCAGUUCGUACAGCCCAUCUGUGUCGGGGACUAUGAAGAAGCCGCCACUGAAGCUAAAGGACGAUGUCGAAGAGUUUGAUGACAUGGAAAUUGACGAGCUUAUGGUCGGCAUAGUCCCAGAGGAGGACAAAGCAGUCAAAGUGGAAAAGGUUGAAGCAAAUACCGUACCACCAAAAGCUGAAGAAGAGCCCACGCGAGGAACCGAGGAAGCUAAACAGGAAAGCAAGUCGUCAGAGGAUAUGACGUCCGAGGAACACAAUGCCGUACUCCUCUCGGAUCCCAAGAUCUGGAAAUCAUCAACGGCGAAUCCCGAUUUCUUGAAGCAGUUUUACUCGGAAAGUCGUCUCCAUCACCUUUCGACCUGGAAAGCCGAGUUGAAGUCGAAAAUGCAGAAUCUUGCCAAGGAAAAGGGGCCAUCUCUCAAGUCAGUGCGGAGGAGGCCAGGGUCGCGACGUUACAUUAUCCACGUCGAUUUUGACAGCUUCUUCUGCGCUGUUUCCCUCAAGAAGAACCCACAAUACGUCGACAAACCAACUGUGGUAGCUCACAGCAGCGGAACCGCCUCUGAGAUUGCAAGCUGUAACUACGUUGCGCGCAAAUUUGGAGUCAAGAAUGGCAUGUGGAUGAAACGAGCACUCGAGCUGUGUCCGGAUAUCAAAGUCUUGCCGUACGAUUUUCCCGCGUACGAGGAAGCUAGUCGUCUGUUCUACGAAUCGAUUCUCGAUCUCGGAGGGGUUGUUCAGAGUGUCAGCAUCGACGAGGCUCUCGUCGACAUCACGUCAAUCAUUCUCUCCUCCACUGGAUCUGAUGGCACCGGGGUUGACGAAGGCAGUGUCUGGAGAGAGCAGGAGAAGGCCGAGGAGAUUGCUCUCACCCUGCGCAAUAAGAUCAAAGACGCGACUGGCUGCGCGGUAUCAGUGGGAAUUGGGGCCAAUAUCUUGGUAGCCAAGGUCGCGCUACGGAGAGCGAAGCCCGCCGGACAAUUUCAAAUCAAGCCGGAGCAGGUGCUAGAAGUCAUCGGCGAACUCGAGGUGAAAGACCUACCUGGGGUCGCAUACAGUCUCGGUGGAAAGCUUGAGGAGAUUGGUGUUAAGUUCGUCAAAGACAUCAGACAGGUAUCCAAGGAGCGGCUAUCCUCUUCGCUUGGUCCAAAAACAGGAGAAAAGCUAUGGGAAUAUGCUCGCGGCAUUGACAAAACCGAAGUGGGUGAACAAACACCCCGAAAGUCCGUCUCGGCUGAGGUCAACUGGGGCAUUCGCUUCAUCAACCAGCAGGAAGCUGAGGAGUUCAUCUUCAAUCUCUGCAAAGAGCUGGAGAGACGACUGCUCAGCGAAGAGGUCAAGGGCAAGCAGUUCACCAUGAAGAUUAUGCGCCGUGCUCAAGACGCACCCCGAGAUCCACCGAAGCAUCUGGGGCACGGGAAAUGUGAUUCGUUCAGCAAGAGCAUUUUGUUUGGGGUUGCGACUCACAAUGCCGAAACCAUCGCUAAGGAGGCUGUCUCGAUUCUUCGUUCAUACAAGUUCACCCCGGGUGACCUGAGAGGUCUUGGUGUCCAGUUAACGAAACUGGAACCCCUCAGAUCUAGCACCACUGGGCGGGAGAGCAGCCAACGACGGUUGGCGUUCCCAAAUUUUGGUGGCCAACCAUCAGCAAAGAAAGCUCAAACGGAUCUGAUUGAGGAUUCAAAGAGUCCUCAGAAGACAAGGGAUAUCCAACCCCGUGGUGACGUUUCCCUAGAUCCCAUUGCGGAUGACCCCUUAACACCCAGAAAGCCCAAGGUGCAUCCUGCUUUGGCUCUAGCACGGGCCGGUGAAAGGGAUGAGAAGGCCCAUACUCCCCUCAACAUCAUGGGCACUCAGUUCAUCCUACCGUCUCAAGUUGAUCCUGCGGUCUUAGCUGAGCUGCCAGGUGAUAUCCGGGCUAAACUUCAACGGGGCCAAAGGCCAAAGCCAGAGCCAAGGCAGGCAUCUCCCCAGGUGAAGUCGCGGAGUAAUAGCCCAGCGGUUCAGGACGAGAUGAUCCCUUCUCAGGUCGACCCGGAGGUCUUCAACGCUUUGCCCGAAGACAUGAAGGCCGAGGUCCUGGCGCAGUAUGGACGCAAAGCGGUGCAACAAACCCGUUUGCCGCAAUCACCACGCAAGGACCGGCUGAUUCAAGGAAGAAAGCCAAUAACGCCGACAAAGCGAGGUGGUAGGACCUUGUUCAAUGCCAGGGAGAGGCAGCAGGAUGCAGCUGCCAACCGCCAGCAGACGAACUUCUUGGCGAACAAAGGCCCCGCGAACGCCGCUCAGGAAGAAGAGCCAGAUGAGCUGGACGAAGCAUUCCUCGCAGAGCUCCCAGAGGACGUCCGGAAGGAGAUCAUUGAGGACCACCGCAAGAAACGGCUGGCUAAACGAUCUGGUCUCCUAUUCAACGCUCCCAGAAGGCAACAAAACGGCGAGUCGAGCGACGCCGCACCCGCCGGACAGACCAAGCUGCAGUUCCCUGCGCCGCCGCCCAAGAUGAACUUCAUGGGUUCCGCCGUGAAGUCGGUCCAGGAGAUCAAGGACAUGCUCGAGGCCUGGCACGACGGGACGCGGUACGAUGGGCCGCACCAAGACGAUGUCAAGGUCUUUGAAAAGUAUCUCGCCAGGGUCGUCUCGGAGGAGCGAGACAUGGAAAAGGCUUCGAGGCUGGUGCGGUGGCUCGACUGGCUUGUGGAGGACGACGGCAGCGAGGGACGGGGCAAGCAGGGGUGGAGGAAGACUGUUGCGGAUAAUAAAGCGGCGGUGCAGAGGGCUGUUGAACAGAGGGGCCUGGGUCCCGUGAGAUUAUGA